AUGCAACUACGAUUCUGGCUGACUACACCAGACAAUGAAUGGCAUUUCUUUAUUUGCGCGCCCCGGAUACGCAGGUUCUCUGUAGAUCACUGGGGUUCGAAACCACAGCCCUCAGCACCCAACACGCACAGUCACCAACUUAGCAAGGGCUGGCAACUGCUGCACCAGAGUUUAUGCUAUGUACCAACGUCAAUCAAAAAGUCUGCCUACAGUGGUGUAUCUUCAAGACAAAACUCGCAUUCGCCCCCUCCUCUUUCCCUCACAUUGACUCGAUACAUCAAGGUUCCCAACCAGCUGAUAGCGUCGGAUUACUCCUCAGAGCUCGCUCGUGGGGACUGUGAGGUUCUGGUCACCCCCUGA